GGCAGGACCUGCGGGUCUCCUCGGACCUCCGCAGGAUUCGGUUCUGGUUCCGCUCUGAGGAGGAUGUCUGCCGUGUAUCUGAGCCUCGUUUUCCUGCUGGACGGAUGUCUGCCGCAGCGCGCAUGUGCGGACGCUGCAGAGCAGGUGUGGCCCUCAGGGCUCCGGACCGGGGCCUCUGGCUUUGCAGCAGACCGGCGGGGGCUCUACAGAGACCAGGAAGAUCUGGAUCCGGAUCUGCUGAUGGCAGAGAAACUCAGGAACUCCACACAGAUCGGCAGCGACCACGCCUACUACACGUCCAGGAUCUACGGCCCCGGAGACGCUCGGGGCAAAGACUUGUGGGUAAACGUCCGGGGGGGGCAGUGGAAGGUCCUCGGUUUCCUGUCCAACUCACACAGACAAGCAGAGAGAGUAAAUCUUUCCUUCAGCUUUCCCUUCUAUGGUCAUCCCCUGAAAGAAGUCACCGUAGCAACAGGAGGGUUCAUCUACACCGGAGCCAUCCUCCACAGGAUGCUGACCGCCACGCAGUACAUCGCCCCUCUGAUGGCCAACUUUGACCCCAGCCUGUCCUCCAACUCCACCGUGAUGUUCCACGACAACGGAACCGCGCUGGUGGUUCAGUGGAACCACAUCCACCUGCAGGACAGCAUCAGUCUGGGAAGCUUUACCUUCCAGGCCGUCCUGCACGCCGACGGCCGCAUCGUCUUCGCCUACAAGCAGGUUCCUGUCGACGUCGGUGACAUCAGCUCUGAAGACCACCCCGUCAAAGUGGGGCUGUCGGACGCCUUCGUGGUUCUUCAGGAGAUCGAGCAGAUCCCCAAUGUUCGUCGCAGAACCAUCUACGAGUACCACAAAGUGGACAUCCUGAAAUCGCAGAUCAGCAGCUGUGCGGCGGUGGAGCUGCUUCCUCUCCCGACCUGCCUGCAGUUCUCCAGCUGUGGUCCGUGUGUCUCCUCCCACAUCGGCUUCAACUGCAGCUGGUGCCGCCGGCUGCAAAGAUGCUCCAGCGGCUUCGACCGGAGCCGGCAGGACUGGGUGGACUCCGGCUGUCCAGAGGAGGAGAGGGAUCCCUGGUGUCUCCUGACGCCGGCCGUCACGCCACGUCCGAUGACACACAGCACCCCCUCCUCCACAGCCUCACGGCAGUGGGGGGUCGCGGGCGAGACCUCCACACGGCUCAGCGGGACCUCCACCGACCCCCCGUCAGGCAGCGGCUGGAGGGAGAAGUCAGGCGCUCAGAAACCAGCCAGCAAAGCUGCAGACGACAACGCAUCAAUCUCCCUCCACAUCAGUGAGACAGGAAACGAGGUUGGACAGCAGAGUGAGGGGGGGUUGCAGAGUGGCCCUCUGGCAGCCGUCGUCAUAGUGACCCUCAUCGUGACAGCCGCCGUCCUCACAUCUGUCUACAUGUACAACCACCCGACCUCCACUGCCAGCCUCUUCUUCAUGGAGCGACGGCCGACGCACUGGCCCAUCCUGAAGUUCCGGCGGGGCUCGGGGCGCCCCUCCUACGCCGAGGUGGAGACCCCGGGGCAGGACAGAGACGGCACCGUGGUCAUCGACCUCAAACCCUCCUUUGUGAUGACCAACAGGAGGGAGAGCGAGCAGAGGGAGGGCUUCAUCGUUCCGGACCAGAGGGAGCGCUUCCUGCGCCCGGAGCGCUCCUGACCACAACCACAGAUCCCAGAAUGCUCUGGGGCAGACAGGCUCUGAUGCUUAGGUUUACGUCAGGAAGUAAAGUCAGAGACGGCGACGCGCUCCAGCCUCCGUGAGGAUCUCAAAGGUGAAGAGUCGGAGAGAACGUUCUUAUGGAUCAGGAGGUUGGUGGUUCCUGCGUGUUUUAACCCUCUCAAAGACGACUUCAUAUCCGCCCAUUCACACCUCCACGCUCAGGAAUGUCACACCUGGACGCCAUUUCCUCCUCUGGAAAACACAGACCGCACUCCUGACGGGGACGCCCGCCUCCGUCUGGCGAGCUGCGCGGCGUCUGAGUCUGUGCACGACUCUGGACACGUUCUGUUUAUUUUCUCUGUAAACAACAACAAACUCACAACAUUUUUACUAAACUCUUCAGACUCGACACAAAGAUUCAGUCAGUUUGGAAGCUGCUUUUAGUACCAAAAAACAUGUUUUUUUCUGUUUUAAAGUUUAAUUACCAGAAAUGAUCAAAGAGUUGUGACUAAAUUAAACUAAUUACUCUGAUUUAAAAAA